AUUUGUCAGACGUACGUUUAUUUCCUGUUCAGCACUGAAGCAAUCACCAACGUGGGUACUCUGCAGCUCACCUGUGUCUGGGAUGUUAUGUGUAACUGCGGUUUUGUUAAAGUUAAAACAUGCAGAUAUCAAGUGUGAAUGAUGUGAAAAUUUAUAAUCUCAGCCAUGGAAAGUCUCUCCCAGAGUGGCUGUCAGACCGUAAGAAGCGACAACUACAAAAGAAAGAUGUUGACAUCCAGCGUAGGAUUGAGCUCAUCCAGGACUUUGAGAUGCCCACAGUAUGCACAUCCAUAAAGGUUUCAAGAGAUGGCCAGUUCAUCCUGGCAGCAGGGACUUAUAAGCCCAGGAUUCGUUGUUAUGACACCUACCAACUUUCAUUGAAGUUUGAACGCUGCUUGGACUCUGACGUUGUGACAUUUGACAUACUGUCUGAUGACUACUCAAAGCUUGUGUUUCUGCAUUCUGACCGUUAUGUGGAGUUUCAUUCCCAGCACGGCCAUUACUACAAAACACGAAUUCCAAAAUUUGGACGGGAUUUCUCUUACCAUUACCCCUCAUGUGACCUUUAUUUCGUGGGAUCUAGUUCAGAGAUUUAUAGACUGAAUCUUGAACAAGGUCGAUUCCUCAACUCACUUGAGACAGAUGCUGUGGAGCACAAUGUGUGCGACAUCAACCCAGUCCAUCAUUUGUUUGCCAGUGGAACCUCUGAGGGAAAGGUGGAAUGCUGGGACCCCCGUGUGCGCAAGCGAGUGGGCCUUCUCGACUGUGCUCUCAGCAGCCUCACAGAAGGAAUAGAAGUUCAGAGUUUGCCCUCGAUUAGUGCACUGAACUUUAAUGGUUCCCUCAUCAUGGCAGUAGGCACCAGCACUGGACAGGUGCUGUUAUAUGACCUGCGCUCAAGCCAGCCGCUGCUGGUGAAGGACCACUUCUACAACUUACCUAUCAAGUCCCUCAACUUCCAUGAUCAAAUGAAUCUGGUUGUGUCGGCAGACCCGAAAAUCAUUAAAAUUUGGAACAAAGACAAUGGUAAAGUGUUCUCCUCCAUUCAGCCCGAGAGCAACAUUAAUGAUGUUUGCAUGUACCCCGAUUCAGGUAUGCUUUUCACAGCAAAUGAAGAUCCAAAGAUGAACACAUUCUAUAUUCCAGCUCUGGGCCCAGCACCUCGUUGGUGCUCUUUCCUUGACAACCUGACAGAAGAGCUAGAAGAGAGCCCUGAGAGCACUGUGUAUGACGAUUACAAGUUUGUCACUCGCAAAGAUCUGGAAAAUUUGGGUUUGUCUCAUCUGGUGGGGUCGUCCCUCUUGAGGGCGUACAUGCAUGGCUAUUUCAUGGACAUCAGGCUAUAUCAUAAGGUCAAAAGCAUGGCGAAUCCUUUUGCAUACGAGGAGUAUCGCAAGGAUAAGAUCCGGCAGAAGAUUGAGGAGACACGGACACAGCGAGUCCAGGUUAAGGCAUUGCCUAAAGUCAACAAGGAACUGGCUCUCAAGCUGAUGGAGGAGGGUGACGAUGAAGUGGUGUUGUCUUCCAGGAAAAAGAAGGGCAAGGCUCUACCCACUAUUUUGGGCGAUGACCGGUUCAAGGUGAUGUUUGAAAACCCUGACUAUCAAGUGGACGAGCAGAGCGAGGAAUUCCGUCUGCUAAACCCCAUCGUCUCCAAAGUGAGCCAGAAGAGGAAGAAAAAGCUGCGGCAGCUAGCCCAAUCUGCCGCUUCUCAGGAAGCUCAGGAAAAAGAUGAGGAUGAGGAAGAGGAGGGCCGUGCCAGCUCUGAGGAGGAAAGCUCAGAUGAUGAUAAGAGCUGGGUGGAGGAGGUGAGGGAGCAGCGGAGAUUGCUCAAGCAGGAGGACCGAGAUCGCCGGCGUCAACAGAGGAAGGAUGCCGACCGCAACACUGUCCUGCUGGAGAACAACCAUGUUGAAGGGCAUAAAAACGCCGUCACGUCUGAGAACAAGACGAGCCAGCCUCAGUUCUAUCAGAUUAAAAGCGGGGAAGAGUUCCGCAGUUUUAAUGACGUGUCACGAAAGCAGAAACUUCAGAAAGCAUCUCUGGAGGAGCGUCUGAAGUUAGAGGAAUACUCUGGAAUCAGCAACAUGGCUGACACCACAGUGGGCAGCAAGCAGCUGACUUUUACACUUAAAAAGUCCGAGCAGCAAAGGAAGCAACAGCAGGCAGAGCGGGACCACCAUGAGGAGAGGAAGAAACUAAGGCGCUCGGCCGGACACCUAAGCAGCGCCCGUGGGAGGGGGUGGGGAAGAGGACGCGGAAGAGGGCUGCACUGAGGAGGGAAGACCCAUCUGCAACUGCCUCAAGUCUGUUUCACCAAUGAGGCAGAUGUUCCAAUAGGUGAAGAUUGUUUUGAAAAGACUUCAAGUGGCCAAGGCCCAAACUGUGAGCUGAUGUGUUACCUCCCCAUUUAGGUUGGGUUAAUUAUGCAUCUGUACAGAAACUCUAUAAAUGCCAACAUGAUAGACUCACUACAUUCAUUUAAGAACAAUAAGUGUGUGUGUUAGGCAUGUGCCGAAAACUAGUUUGAAGGUACCGUAUACCGAGGUUUUCCAGGUAUCAGAUUCUGUAGAAACUCGCCAUACCGGUAAUAACCUUUUAUUGGAUUCUGCCCUUUGGGGACGUGGUAUCUUAACUACAGACAUGCUUAGUGGUUGCGAUUUUUUUCUUAUUUGGUUUUACACAUUUAAAAAAGUGAUUUUAAUGUUUUAUCACUUAAAGGAAUGAACAAUGAAUGGAUUGUUCACCCCAUUUCAAAGUUGAGUUGUUAUCAGUAGCGUUUCUUUUUGAAUUUCCCCCCAACCCCCCUCCCAUUUUUUUCUGUAGAGCGUAGAUAACCAACCACGAAGUUGGUUCCUAGGAGCACAGUUGUAACCCAUGUGUAACCCACGUACGUUCUAAAAAUAGCUCACCUGUGUUGCAAAAUUCUGAUCUAAGAUUUUUUAUAUUUAUUUGAACUUUGUAUGAGAUUUUUUUUACUGUGUAUUCCAUAUAUUGUUGUAAAAUGAAUCAUUUUCAGUUGGGAUACAGUUUAACUGCGAUUUUGCGAAAUAAUUAUUUUUAAAACUUAAAUUUUGAUACCGCAAUAUUUUGCUCAAGGUUAUUUUACUGAGGAAAAACUGAUAUCGGCCCAUGCCUAGUAUGUGUGUAUACAAUAUGUACCUGCAGUUUUUUAAAAAAAAUUGGAAAAGCUGAAGCUCCCAUAUAGUAACCGUUUUUAUUUUUCAUGCAUUUGGAACACAGCACAUUUUAUUCUAAAUCAAAUCAUGAAAAAUUUUUUGUUAAUCAAAAAAAUUCAGAAAAAAUGAAAAUUAGUUCAAAAAUUUGUGUCUGUGUGUUCUUUAAAACAUUUAAUAUUGUAUUAACAAAAAUUCUAUUUAGCAUUCAUGUGCCUCAUCAAACUAAUAUUUUGUUGUUUAUACUGUUUCUGAGAACUAAUAGUGAAGUCGACCAACUUCAGGCACCUGUGAAAAGAUAUUACAUUCCAUGAUAAUUUGACAACAGUCCACAAUACUGCUGAAUCUUUUGGUAUUGCCUCAGAAAUGGCACUUUUGAUGUCGCCCCAUACAUUUUAUGUAGUGUUAAGGUCUGGGAAUUGAGCUUGCCACUCUA